UAUCUGGAAAAAAUAAUGCUGAGGAAUCACACUGGGGUGACUGAGAUCAUCCUCCUAGGGUUCACAGGCAGUCCACAGCUACAAACCAUCCUCUUUGUGGUGUUUUUGGUUAUCUACAUUGUCACCCUGGUGGGGAAUCUUGGGAUGAUUGCAUUAAUCACGGCUGAGUCCCGGCUACACACCCCCAUGUACUUUUUCCUUCACAACUUGUCCCUUAUAGAUACUGUUUACUCCUCUGUUAUUGCCCCCCGGGCUCUGGUGAACUUCUUAGCAGAGUGUAAAGCUGUUUCCUUUGCUGGGUGUGCCAUACAAUUUUUCUUUCUCUCUGUCUGUGCAAAUGCUGAGGCUGUGCUUCUGGCCGUGAUGGCGUAUGAUCGAUUCAUAGCUAUAUGCAAACCGUUGCUGUAUACGAUUAUCAUGUCAAGGAAAGUCUGCAUCCAGCUGGUAGCCGCAUCAUACUUCUACGCCUUUGUCAAUGCCGUUGUGCACGCAGGCUCUUUGUUCAGCCUGUCCUUCUGUGGUCCCAACAUCAUCGAUCACUUUUUCUGUGACCUCGCCCCACUCCAGAAGCUCUCCUGCUCCAGCACUCACAUGGAUAGCAGAGUGCAUUUCGUCUUUGCUGCUGUAACUGGAUUGAGUACUGUCCUGAUUAUCCUCGUCUCCUACAUUUAUAUUAUCCUCAACAUCUUGAGGAUCCGGUCUACGGAAGGCAGGCGCAAAGCCUUCUCCACCUGCGCCUCCCACUUGACGUCCGUCAGCGUAUUGUUUGGGACUCUGUUCUUUAUGUAUUUACAGCCCACAUCCGGCAACUCAUCCGAUCAGGACAAACUGGUGUCCGUGUUCUACACUCUUGUGAUCCCCAUGCUGAACCCCCUGAUCUACAGCCUGAGGAACAAGGAUGUGAAACACGCCCUGAGAAAAGUGAUCUACCGGACAAGGAAUGAUUCUUUAGUGGUUGGAUGA